AUGGAAAAAUUAUUGGAGUGUAAAAUUCUAUUUUCUUAUUAGACUCAAAUAGUGAUUAAAAUAAAGAAAUUUAGUCCUCUGAUUUAUUCAAUAAUCUAGAACAAAUAUAAAAUUUAAAGUGGGUUGGUAUUUACGGGAAGAAUAAGAAAAAGUUUGGAAAAUGGACAGCAACUUGGAAUGGAUAGAUAUUAAAGGAUGUAGGUGGAUAAUACUCAAUUAAUGGUAAAAAAGAUGGCUAAUGGAUAGAUAUCAUCAAGAAUUAUUGGAGCUAGGCGUAGGUAUAUGAAGUAGGAAUAUAUGAUAAUGGUUAAAGGAUAGGGAAUUGGAAGUACAUAUCUGAAAAAGAAGAGGGGUGGAGGAGAAUAUAACUGGAAUGGUAAGAAUGGUACAUGGAUUGAAUUAAGUAAUGAGUUUUGGUAGCGUUCAUAAGUUACUUAUAAUGGUGAAUAUAAAAAUAAUAACAGAGUUGGUAGAUGGGAUAUUUUAUAUAGGGAGAAAGGUAAGGAAAUGUUUGAAUAGAUUGGAGGAGGAUCAUACGAUAAAGGAGGCAAAAUCAAAAUUGGCCAGUGGAUUGAACUUAGUGAUGGAUUUUGGGAUUAUUCUUAAUUAAUUUUUAAAGGAGAAUAUAAAAAUGGUAGUAAAGUUGGUAAAUGGACUACUUGGUAUAGAAAAGAUGAUAAAUUUGAACAGAUUGGUGGUGGGUAGUAUGACGAGGAAGGCUCAAUUAAGAUUGGAAGGUGGACUGAGAUCAGAGAUGGCUUUGGGUUGGGCUAAUAACUCAUUUAUAAUGGUUAAUACCAAAAAAAUAGUAAAGUUGGUAGAUGGGAUACAAUGUAUAGACCAUGGAAUUAAGAAAAGUUUGAAAUAAUUGGAGGUGGAUAAUAUGAUGGAGAAUCAUCUAUUAAAAUUGGAAAUUGGAUUGAGAUGAGUGAUGGCUUCAAGGCACAAUAGUAAAUCACAUAUCAUGGUCAAUAUAAAAAUGGUAAAAAAGUUGGAAGAUGGGAUAUUUGGUAUAAGGAUAACUUAAAUGGAGAGCGAGAAAAAAUCGGUGGUGGAUCAUAUGAAGAUGGAAAUUCAAAAAAAAUUGGGAGUUGGAUUGAGUUAAGUUGUGGGUUUCAUUAUUUGUAGUAAAUCGUUUACAGUGGUCAAUAUAAAAAUGAUAAAAAAGUUGGUAAAUGGGAAGAAAUAGAUUUGGUUGGAAAGAUAAAACUUAAGGAAAUCAAUUACAUAAACUGA